AGAUAGACACCAAACAUGGCGGCGCUCGGCAGCCGUGCAAUUCGCCCAGAAAACGGUGAAAAACAAAGCAAAUCUCCUCUUGUAUCCCCUCUGAAAGUAAGAGAACUUCUCAGUGAAGGUGUCGCCUCAGAAGACAACGUGUUAAAUUGUUCACAGCAGGAUCUAAACACAUUGUCUCCAAAUGGCCUUGGCAAAGCUCCUUUUGAGGCAUCAAACAAAGAAACAUUUUUCAACAGAGUGGAAACAUACUCUUGCCUGAAGUGGGCUGGAAAGCCCCGUGCUCUUUCGCCAUUGAGAUGUGCACGGUAUGGCUGGAUCAAUGUAGACUGUGACAUGCUAAAGUGUUCUAGUUGCCAGGCUUUCCUCUGUGCAUCCAUUCAAACCACCUUGGACUUCCAGAAAUAUGAGGGACGGAUUUCAGAGUUGCUACAGCAACUUCAAACGCAACAUGAGAAAUUCUGUUCUUGGCCAGAUUUUCCGUGUCCAGACCGAUUUUGGAUGGUUCCUAUUAAUGAGCCUACAGUGCUACUUGGUGCCUUUCUAGACCGGUUCAAAAGUGCUUGUCUUCUAGAACAACAGCUGCCUGAAAUUAAGCCAGAGCAGUUCAAAGCUAUGACAUUGACUGAAGAUAUUAUAAGUAUCCUACUACAGCUGAUUGAAGAUGAGCAAAUGAAGCAGGGAGGUUCUCCCACAAAGGCCUCAUCAGAUCCACUCUCUGUACAAGUGGCAGCAUGCAUUGUUGCCCUUUGUGGAUGGGCAGCCAGCCCAGCACUCCAUUCGUUGAAUCUGCCCAUCCUCACCUGUUCAUAUUGCAUGAGAAAAGUGGGACUGUGGAACUUCUUUCAAAUGGAGAGUGUUUUAGGAGAGGGUGAAAAUCCUCCCUCGUCUCCGACAUCUACUACCAGCAUGACUCCAUCUCAAGGCUCAUGUGGGGAGAAGGGGACUCCCUCUUCACCAUCCCAGUCCCCCACUCCAUGUCGUAUGAAGCUGCGUAGUCAGGACACCACUCGCUCUGAGCAGACGGAAAACACCCCAUCCCCACUGGUUUCCCGCACAAGAACUAGGGAAUCCCCUAUUCCUCAUGAGGAGCUACCCAGUUCCCUGCCCAGAGGCAAAAGACCCAUGACCCGCAGCAGGGGCCAGGGAGAGAACCUGGCGGUGGACGUGCCCUCUAGCCCACAGCGAAAGACAAAGCGCCCUCGUCUCUCCUCUGCUAGUGGCCCUGAGGGGCCCUUGCACAAGAAUUUGUUUGACCCAGUAGCCCAGCAUAGGGACUGGUGUCCUUGGGUGAUUGUGGGACAAGAGGAGAGGAAUUUGGACAGCUCUGUCUUUGUUGGCUGUGAAGCAGAACUUCCACAACCUGUCUGGAAAGCAGCACUGACCCUCUUCAUAUCUUUAAAAAGGAGUCCAGUAGGAUCCAGUCCAUCUCAGGGUCCUCAUGACAAAUCGAAAAGGGUAUUCUCCAUAUUUCGGCAAUGGCAGGUAUCCUCCCCAUUCCAGUAAGUCGUGUUCUUGAAAGGAGGACUGGAAAGCCCUAGUGAAGAUAUUCUGGUGGCACGCUGUCCUUUGUAAUAAUGACAGUGAUUUCAUAUAAGUGUUUCUUGAUCGUGUGAGUCUUGUUUACAGUAUUGGGUUUGGUUGGGAAAGGGACAGUAAAUCCACAUGGAUCAAGGGACCUGUGCUGACCUACCUUACCCUAGAGCAAGAAAGCCUGACAGAGUUCUUCGGAAAAAUUGUAACUUUACCACACUGUUUUGAAUUUGGGCUUGUCCAGGUGGGGUGGUAUCAAUACUCUAAACCACAGUUGGCCUAUGGACAUCAACUGACUAGUGUUUGACAUGCUUCUCACAUGGACUGCCAAAUAGUCCUUUCCUAUUCACUAGGCAUGGGGUUUUAAGGGGUCUGAACUGGCCUAUAUUUAGGGAAGCUUUAAUGAAGUGCCUAGAUCUACAUUGGAAGACAUGUUAUUGCAUCAUAGCUGGACAUUUUUAGAUUAUAGUAUAGCCAAGGACAACCAGUGCUUUGUGUUUUUCUGCAUUGUUGAAAUAGAUGUAUGAUGUUUACUUACAUAAGAGUAAAUAGGCUGCAUACUAUUCUUAAACUGUCUUUUGUCCGCAUGCCAGCUGAAAUGGAUGUGCCAUAAUUUGAAAAGAGACUGCCAGUAUAAAUUAAAUUGUUUGCUUUUGGACCACUUUCUUCUGCCACGGUUAGUGCCCUGCAUGUUUAUAUUACUACAUGCAUGUAAUACUGAGUGUGAAAUAUAAUAAACAUAUUUC